UAUAAAAAUGACGGCAUAAGGCUCAUCUCUUCCUUACUUUUUUUCUUUCAUAGCAGCUCCUUGGUUUCUUCAAUCUUCGGUAAGAGAGUUCAAACUCUGCUUCUCCAUCUCAAACCGAUUUCAUGUCUCAGAAUCUCUGUUCCUCCGUCUCUACUUUAGUAUCGAACAUCCUAAACAAGCUCAUCUCUCCUGCCAUCGAGCAACUCAGUGUUGAGUUUGGCAUCGAAGAUGAGCUAAACAAGGUGAAAAGGAUUUUGCAGGCUAUCCAACCUACGCUCGCAGAAGCAGAGAAAAGGAAGCUUAGAUGGCUCUCCGCUUUCAAGGACGCCGUUUAUGAAAUCGAGGACGUCCUCGACGACCUCAACUACGGAGCUCGACGGAAGUCAAUCAGUCAAGAAAACAAAAUAAAAAAGGUAUUGUACUCCUGUUUUUUUUCCAACUCCAUAACUAGCUUCAAAUUAUGCUGGAGGUUGAAUAUUAUUAUAAGAAAAAUGGAGGAUUUAGCAGAAGAUAUCAGAUUAAGUUUCCCAAUCAACAGAGUGCCACAGAUCCCUGAUUAUAGCAGUCAUCAAACACACUCUUAUGUUGAUGAAGAAACCGUCAUAGGCAGAGAAAAAGAUAAAGAAGAGAUAGUGAGUUCCUUGAUCAAUUAUGCAGCUGCUAGCAACAAUGAAAAAAUUAUGGUGCUUCCUAUAGUUGCAAUGGGUGGAAUGGGAAAAACUAAACUCAGCCAAUUAAUUUAUAUGGACCAUAGGGUGGAGAGUCAUUUCCAACUUCGCAUAUGGGUUUAUGUUUCUAAUGCUUACUUUGAUGUUACCCGCAUUGUGAGGCUAAUUAUAGAGGUAGCCACCGAGCAAUUUUGCGAUUUUGUAAACAUGAACGUGCUGGUGAAACAACUCCGAGAAAUAAUCAGUGGAAAAAGGUGUUUGAUUAUCUUGGAUGAUGUGUGGAAUGAAAAUUUGUAUCUGUGGAAGGAGUUGAAGACAUUGUUGGAUUAUUGUGGAAAAGGAAGUGCAGUAGUUGUUAGCACACGUAGUAUAAGAGCAGCAAAAAUUAUGACCACACAUACCAUUUAUUGUCUAGAACAGUUAUCUGAAGAAGAUAGCUGGGAGUUAUUCAGAAGGAGAGCAUUUGCAAAAGAUACAGAAGAGCCUGCAUCCCUUGUCAAAAUCGGCAAGGAUAUACUAAAGCGUUGUGACGGGCUUCCCUUAGCAAUAGUUACGAUUGGAGGCAUGAUGCGCCAUGAGAAUGAUGAAGUGAAGUGGAAGGCUGUACUUGAUAGUGAAAUGUGGCGGUUGGACGUUGCAAAUGAUCUCACAUGAAGCAGUGUUUAUCCUUUGUGCUAUAUACCCAAAAAGUAUCGGAUACUGUAUGUCUCUUUUAGGAGAAGUGUCUGUUUAUCAUAGUAGAAAAUAAAUGUUGGUGCUAACUUUUAAUCUAUACAUGAUGGAAACAUAUAUCAUUACAUGAAAUAAUGAGCAAUGUGAUUCCUCAUAACACCUAAAAGUACAUCUAUGAUUUUAAAAA